CCGGCCGGAAGAUGCGCAACACGUUGGGAGAGUUCAAAUUGAGUUCGCUCUGCUUGCCGUAAGUCACGGCACGGCAAUCCCAAUCACCAUUUGUCGAACCGUACCGUGAUUGCUUGCUAGCCGUACCGUGAGUGAUGACAGGGUGCCACCCACCGCACGCCCUGGUGGCUUCUCGUCUAUCGUCUCUGCUAAUGACUGUGCUCCAUUCUUUUGCUCUGCGUUUGUCUCAGCUUGCCAUCUGCCUGCCGCGUGUGAUCUGUUUUGCUGUGUGAAAGCGACGACGAUCGUCGUUGGAAGGUGCAGCCACUUGAUUUCUCUCUUGUCUCCACUUGCCAGCUGCCACCGCUGCCGCUUCAUCCCGCUGAAGCGAUCUAUAGCCAGUUCUUCAGCUUCAUUCUUUGCUCCGCCGUCAACAGUGUCUUGUUUACGAUCGUAAAAUGCCUUCAUUAUAGCGCCGUCCUUCUCUUCAGGUCCAUACAGCAAAGGGAAUCACGGCUGGACUUAAGGAUACAUCAAUUCGAUCGAGCGUCUUGCGAAGCACUCGGUCGGGCAGUCCUGGUGGGGGCAGGGUGGGUCGCGAAAGGGGCCGACGACGAGAUCGCAGCUGUGUGACAUUUGAGGUCGGCCACGCUUCUCCUCCGGAUCUCCGCUCGGAUCAGAACGGAACGUAGGGAACGUUCGGCAAGCAAGUCCAAAUCGUCCGUCCGUUUUCGACUUCAAUUGCAUAUAUUUGCUUCGCGGUUGGUGUUCAAUCUUCUUGCUUUUCGAUCCUGUAAUCGUAUCCAGAAGUGGGUAGUUAUGGCGUUUCUUCGUUCCUCGCACAAGUGGAAGGCGAGCGUUGUGGUCUCGGUUUUUCUGCUCGUUUUCUGCUUCCUCAGCAGCCAUUGCGGUUUGACGUCAGCACAAGCACAGCCGUUUCUGAGCUCCCCCAGUCCACCGGUCCCAACGACGUCGUCUCGGCCAGCUAUUAAUGUCAGCACGAUUGAUCCAAGCUUCUUCCAGUAUCCCGCAACUAUGUCCUAUCUGCUUGCGAAGCCGGAGCUCUACAGGACUUUCACACGGCUUUUGAGAAUCCCAAAGGACAAGGCCCUUCCCGGGAGCUACGCCGUGCAAAUAGUAGAGGCGGCCAAAUUGAAUAUCACUUUGCUUGUCCCAGUCGAGGCAGCCUGGACUGCUCUUGGAAAUGCCGUCUCGUGCCUGGAGUCAACGGGAGCCUACAGUCUGACGGACAAUAUUCUCCGGAAUCAUAUUAUUAUUGGAAUGCACAAUGCGACGGAGAUGGCAUUAAACCCAAACAGCUACCCAACUGCGGGUGAUACGCCUGUGAGCAUUGUCAGCGUGCCGACCGGCAUCACGGCCAAUGGCGCCAAUGUUGUAGUGCCAGACAAGUUCAUGACGUUCGGAGGAGUGGUGCUGAACCUCGACAGGGUCAUAUUGCCUUUAGACUUUGGUGCGCAAUGGCAGGCUGCAUGCCCGACUAUUCCUUCCGUUAGCCCGCCGCCAGCUGUCGAAUCUGUCCCUGCAAUAGCGGCACCUGCGUCAGGUGCUGCCGUUCCAGCUCCUGUUGGGCCAGAGCUUACUCCUCCCGUCGCUGCCAAUCCAGUCAAUCAGUCUGUUGGAGUGCCGUCAACAGAUGCUGGAGUGCCUCCAACGGAUGUUGGAGCUUCGAGCGCAGCAGUUGUGGACUCGAAUGAGACGCAAGCACCAGGCUCGGGCGCUCGUGAUCAAUCGAGUAGCGGUUCCAGCCUCAACAAAGAUGGUUUGUUCUCCUUUGCACUGGAGCUACUUGUCACGGCGGCUUUGGUGUGGACUGCGUACGCUUCAUGAGCAGCGGCAAGGGCCAGAUGCUUAUUUUUCAUUCUUUCGUCGGACUUCUCAAUGAGCCCAGCUUGCAACUUUUGUUCUCUGAACUGGUCAACCUAUUUCAAUCCGCAAUUUUUUCACUCUUCCUUCCAUUCCUUGGCUUCGUUGGCCAUACUGUCCCACUACAUUACCUACCCUUCUCCCUCUCUUUCAUGAAGUUCUCUCUCUCUCUCUCUCUCUCUCUCUCUCUCAUAAUUUAAUGCAAGAUACUUGUGUUCUAUCUUUUCUGUGGCCAUACUAUGCCCCUACAUCCCUUGUCCCUCUCUUGGUUGUUCUCGCUGUGCCACUUCUUCGUUUCUCUUCACCGGUUGACCUCUUUGCGGGUGGUAGGACUGGAUCGGUAUCGGUAUGUCGACAUUAUGAUAGGGUUUAUCUCGAUGGGCUGUCAUACUAUGGUACCGACCUCAGUUGCUCAGACCCUUCCUGAUCAAUUCUAUAUGGGAGGAUGUGGGUUCUCCCUCGCUUCAUAGCCAGCCCACAGGCAUAUGCAAUGGUGUCAUCUAUUCCCUUGUCUCGUUAGAUACACUUUCAACUCACUCGUCUUCGGACAUCUAAGCCAUUUUGGGAUAGCCUCUGCUCCUUUUCCAUUUCGUUUUGCGUAGCCCGCCAGAGAUAGCAAUUUGGGGGAGAGGGGAGAUGUUAUGUUAUAGUUGCUUGCGGUGGCGAGAGCAGUAUGAUUAGGAAUACUUGCCUGUAUAAGAUCGAAGCGGUCCCAAGAAGUUGGAUUCGCUAGCAGCCGGUGAUUUGGAUUGAUUUGGUCCCAAGAAUCUGGAACUGCGAGCAGCCUGCGAUUUGGACUGAUGUGGGCUUACGAAAAUGGGACUGUGUGCCCGUUGUGAUUUGGAUUGAUUUGGUCCCAAGAAGUUCAUGGUGUAUCUCUGAUUUGGCAGCGACGUGAAUGCAUUGUGAGUGUGUUGUGAGUGUGUUCGAUUGGCUUGGUCGGGUUAUGCAAUCCGCUUGGCAGCUGCAGCUUGUGAUUUGGAUUGAUGUGAGGAUGGUUGAUCAGUGUACCAUUGUCCAUCGCUCCAGUUUGGUGUAUCUCAUGGCAACAGAUGAAUGGGCUACAGAUGCAAGAGAGAAGUGGUCCCAAGAAGUUGGAUCUGCGAGCAGCUCGUGAUUUGGAUUGAUUUGGUCCCAAGUUGGAACUGCGAGCAGCCUGCGAUUUGGACUGAUUUGGUCUCACGAAGUUGGGACCGUGUGCCCGUUGUGAGUUGGAUUGAUUUGGGCCCAAGAAGUUCAUGUAGCAGCGAUGUGAAUGUGUUGUGAAUGUGUUCGAUUGGCUUGGUCGGGCUAUGCAGUCCACUUGGCGGCUGCAGCUUGUGAUUUCGAUUGAUAUAUGAGGACGGUUGAUUGGUGUACCGUGCGUGUCGAUCGCUGUAGUUUGGCGUAUCUCGUAGCCACACAGCUGUAUGGGCUACCCAAUCCACUUUGCAGCUGCAGCUUGUGAUUUGGAUUGAUGGAUGAGGAUAUUUAAUGGGUGUACCCUGUCCAUCGCUCAAGUUUGGUGUAUCUCAUGGCUGCAGCUGCUGCUCGUGGCUUUGUAGAUGUUUGCUUUGCAGCAUAUAGGGUGGGUACUGUACUAGUAGUAGUACACUGGCUUUGUGGCCACAGUGAACACCUACUUCCUUGAUCCUCCAUCCAUUGCUUUCAGUGCAAACUGCACCCUCUUCUCUUUCAUGCUGCAAGAGUAGUGCGCCCCUUCGUGCGCGCUUUGUUAAACGGCGAGAGACGUUGCUUCUUCCGGUGCGGCAUCGCAUCUAAUUUUAGAUCAGUUGUAGAAGAGCUGUAGACGCAGACGGUUGUUCGCCACUGCCUGGCAGAUGGAUCGAAAUUACUUCCUCGUUCGCCACGAACGCUGGCUGUCCAUUUUGUUUGUCGGUAUACCUGUAACCACUUUGUGUGGAAUAUGAUGCAUAUGCGAGCAGCUUGCUUGUGCGGACCCAUGUCUUUCCCUCUCACCCUGUGUUGUUUGCCUCUCCCUCUUUUGGGCUGUUGCCUGUUUGCCCCUGGGAGGGAGUUUCUUUUCUACGGGGGACUGGUUUACUGUCUGUUGUUCUUCCUGCAGAAUCAGCAUGACAGGUUUUCCCAGCUCAGACCUCCUCCUUCCAUUCGAAAGAAAGAGGUGCUGUUGAUCUCUCUCUCUCUCUCUCUCUCUCUCUCUUGCUUCCAGCGUGAGUGUUGCGUGGUGGAGCGAGUCCCAAUAUGUGGCAACAUCCGAUGGAUUGAUGGGCACGUGGAUGGAUGGAGUCUGAAGCUGCAUCCUUGGUCAAGCAAGCAGAGGGAGGUUGUUCGAAGACAUCGUGCCAAGUUGGAAGAUGGAGACUAGUUGGAAGAGGGAGGUAAGCAUGUAUUCUUUGUGAGUUGAAGUUGGUUCCGGAGUUGCAACCGGUUAUAGAGGUAAGCAUGUAUUCUUUGUGAGUUGAAGUGUGUGCGUGCCUCCUUGUAGCGUGUUGGGAAAAAAUUUUGUGCAUUGAUGAUAUAGGUUGGUGUCUUUUCUUCGUGUGUUGUGUUGUAUUUAUGAGUAGUAUGAUAGCCUUCGAUGUACCUUUUUUUGACGUGAUGGGAGGUCCCUUCUGCAUCUUCUUCGAUAUGACUUGGGACCUUGGUGGACUGUUUGGGGACCUCGGUGAACUGUCGUGGAAAGGUGGAAGGUGAGACCUUUUUGAGAAUAGUACCGGAGACGAUUGCGGUUUAUGAGCGGUUCGGGUAUGGACUUGCUGAGUGGGUAUGAUUUUCCAUCGGGACGCGUUGGCAGAACUCUUUAGGUGGAGGUGGAUUCCUCGAGCGCAAAAAAAAAUCGUUUUGUGAAGCAGGGGUGUAUGAGGGAGAAAGUGGGCAGGGGCAUAGCUUAAAGCUUGGGAGGGGUACAAGCGGCGGCGAAAGAGGAAGGUAGGAGUUCAGGGGAGAGGAUGAGACAGGGGAGGUGGACGUUGGGAUCUUGGUCGACUCUUGUGGACUACAACUACUGAGGAAAAUGUGAUGUCGAAGAGGAGAAGAGAGAACAUGGGAGGAGUGGGGAAAGAAGAAGAAGAAGAAGAAGAAGAGGGGAAAGAAGGAUUCGUUGCUGUGCUUGGGUGUUUGGGAGUUGCUUGGCAGCUCCUGCGGAGACUUGAUAGCGGUUCACCCUCACCUAUGGUAUGAGAGAGGGAAGCAGUCGGUUUCGCCGGUUUGCUGCAGACUUGUUGAGGUGGAAGAUUUGUUUUCACACACAUCAGUCAGCUUAUUGGUUUUGCAGCCUGGAUUUUUAUUUAAUUUAUCGACCUGUAAGCAGUCUCAGGGGACGACCAGUUGCGUUCUGGGGCAGUAGUCGAUGUUGAAUCCUUGGCCGAUGUUUCCGAUGAUGGGUGAUGCACUGGUGUGUCUUGGAUCCAUGGUAGAGGCACAUGGUGUGUAGGAUGGAGGGAAAGAAUUUUUUGGGAGGAAGCUUUGUAUGUAGGUUAGUCAGUGUGUGAUGACUCUGAUGAGGGGCAGCAGUGUGCCCGCUUGUGAUAGUGUAAAAAUGACUAAAAGUUAAAACUGAAAAGCUGAUUUUGUAUUUGACACUGUGCAAAUUGCGUAUGAUGGUUACAUCAGUUGAGCCCUGCUUUGCGGGGCUUAACGCUGCUAUAUAAAUUCCCUUCGCUGCCUCUCCCCUUUCUCCGAGAAUGUGUAUGGGUACUUGCACACGCGGUGUUGAAACGACUCCUGCCGGGAUUUUGAACGAGUCUUGCAGGCAGUAGGAGUAGCAGCUAGCGCACCUCUCAUGCUGCUGACCGGGUGGGACUUCCAACGAGACUGGCAGUAAUAAAUUAAUAAAAUAAAACAAGAGAC